UUAUGUCUUCAUUUGUUCAACAACGAAGUUGUUCCAUUAACAUCGUUACAUUUGCGUACAUUACUAUCAACUACAAGAAUAUGUGACAAUUUGUAAUUAUUCUUUUACGGCAAGGAAUAUUUCAUACACCACUGAUAAGACUUUUAAUUCAGCGUUGCCAACUGAGAAUCCAACAUCUUUGGUUAGGAGUACUUGUUUGGGUGCUGCAAGUUCAAAAUAACGAAGUAUUGAAGCUAGUGGCUGUGAAAUAAGUGACAAAAUGAGUCGUGCAGCACAAGCAGUGCCUGCGGAAGAUAUAAACGGAGACGGCAGAUGGUUGAGUAUGCAUAAUAGGUUCCUCCUAGAGACCAAAGAAAAGGAACCUGAAGUAAUAUUCAUCGGAGAUUCAAUUAUACAAAACCUUGUCAACAGUGAGAUGUGGAUCAAAGACUUUAUACCGCUGCAUUCACUUAACUUCGGUAUUGGAGGUGAUCAAACACAGCAUGUUUUGUGGCGGAUUAAAAAUGGAGAAUUAGACCAUGUUAGCCCUAAGGUUGUUGUUUUACAUGUUGGAACAAAUAAUUUGGGAUUUACUCCAGAAGAAAUUGUUGAAGGAAUAAUGGAAAUUGUGAAUGUAAUACAGGAGAAACAACCGGAGGCUUACAUUGUUGUACUGAACCUUUUACCUCGUGGACAGCAUCCAAACCCACUGCGAGAACGCAAUACGCAAGUGAACAAGCUGCUGGGCCAACAACUGCAUGGCAAGCCACGAUGUGAAAUGCUGAUCUCAGGGCAGGACCUUGUAGCCGCUGAUGGCACGAUCUCACACCAUGAUAUGUAUGACUACCUACAUCUGACACAAGCUGGUUACAGAAAAGUGUUCGACCCAUUGCACGAGCUUCUGCAGCAGUUGCUGCUCACCGAAGGCGAGGAACGCAGUUUUGCCGCAGGCGAUGAUGACAGAGACCUCACGCCCUCGGAGUAGCAGUGCUGGAACUGGAGCCAGAAUCAGUGCUUACCAAUUGCUCAGCUGGAUGGGAGUGAGGGGAGGCCUGUAGGUUUUUCAAGUCUACUGGUGGCUACCUGCACUCCAUAGUUGGAACAGCCUUUUGCCUUUGCUUGCCUUGUGCAGUAUCUCUCGGAGAGGCCAGCUUUUACUGGUUUUCAAAUGCUGCUGUGCAGCAUUUCUGCUAGAAUGGUGUGUGCCAUAAACUGUGCUGCCAUCGUUUUUGCAGUUCACAGUUUUGUCAUUUAUGUUUUGGAAACAAAUUUGUAAAAGUUUUACUAACUCAAUGAAGGAAAUUGGGAGCAAAACCUUGUGUACCAGAAGUGUUAUUAAUAACUGCAUUUGAUGACCAUGUGCAUAUGUCUUAAUGCGAAACGUUCUCACGCCUUUGUACUUGAAGCUUUAUUGCACUUCCAGAUUAAUAUAGAAGUAGGAAAAGAAGUUUAUUUAUAAAUAAUGUGUUUGUUUCUCGUAAUUUAAAGAAUUUAAAUGCACUGUGAUGUAUCCAUUGCAUUGUGAAAAGAGAAUUACAGAUUAUUUUGUGUGACAAAUUAUUUGUAAUGUAGAACUUAGCUUUAAUUUCUUUUUAAAUUUUGUUGCUCUUGUUUACAGUUUGAUUAAUGGCUAGUUACAUCACAGUGAGGAAGCUGCUGUCAUGAUUAGUGUUAGCUUUAGAUGUCAAGUGUUAGUCUGUGGUAGUCUUGAGCAGUACUAUCAUUUAUAAAUUUGAUAUUAUGUAUACUUUCCUGUAUUGAGGUAAAUUUACAUUAACUACAUGAUUUUUUCAGCAUUUAAACUACAGUUAUAGAAAGUAGCUUUCGUUGUACUCGUAAGUUACUUUGUUGUGGAGACAUUCUUUUAAAUUUUGUGCUAUCAUUUACCAAUUUUUAGCAAACAUAGUAAAAAUUACUUCAUAAAAUAUGUAGUUCAUAAUCUGCUCAUAUAAAACCUGCUUUCAAAAUCUAGUUCUGUAAGCUGUUCCUCAAUCAUUGUAUGUAAUAGCAUCUGUUCCUUUGAGGAGUUUUCUCAGAAUUUUCAGUUCCCAGAAAAAUUUUGAAUGAAUACAUAGACCACAGAUAAUAUAAAGAGCUUUUGUGUCCUUAUGGAUGCAUUAUUAUUUCUUUUAUUAGGCUGUAUAAUGGUGUGUAUGAGGUUUCUCAAGUGCAAGCAAAUGACGAAGUAGUGUAUGUAAAAUGUGUGUGUACUUAAUUUCUCAUUUUUACUGAAAGUAUUGCAUUCAAAACAUUCCAUUGAGGAAUCUUCCAUUAUUUAUGGAAGACCUAAGUGUUCUUAUGUUGGUGGGUCUGUAGUUCCUGAGUUAUUUUGAAUGUGAACUGCAGCUUAAAAGAAUAAACUGGGAGUUUUUUUUAAACCAAAUAAUUUGUUACCAAAGGCACAUAUUAUUGCCAUAUCAGGAAUGUUGCUACAUGUUUCUCUCAUUGUAUAGUGUAAGAAUGAUUUACCAUCUUUCAAUACAUAUCUGGGUUGUGCAGAUAUUAGAAAGUAAGAACGUAGGGAUUAUACAGUAUCUGUGAAUAUUUUGUAAGUGUCUGUUUUUUUUAUAUAUAUAUAUAUAUAUACUCUCUUCAGUGUGCAUAUGAAACAGAGUGCUGUAUUGAAAUGGUUUGUGUACAUAAGAAACUUGUACAAAUUACAUAAUUUAUAUAUGUAUUUAUUUGACACUGAUGUUUCAGUUUUUCCUUUAUCAUUUCCCUUUAUGGGAUUUUACAGAAUUUGUAACAUGGCAGCCUGAUUCCAAUGCUUUCUGAUGUAUAUCCACACAGUAGCUAAUAAACAUUGAAAUACUUGAA